AUGUCAAAAUCAAAUUGGAUUCUGCUCUGUGUAGUUAAUUCAAUUGAUGAUGUUACAGCUGUAGCUAAAUCACAUAAUGUGUGUCAAUAUCGAACAAAUAAUCUUAAAGAUCAUACAAAGUACUCAUUUAAAUGUAGUCAAUAUCGUAAAAAUUCAUCAUGUAAUUAUGAACUCAAAGCAGUUGUACCUGAUGAUGAUCCUAACUCAAUUACGGUAAUGUUCAAAAAUACUCACAAUCAUAGCGACCGUAACCAAACAUCUCGUUUACCAUCGUCACUGCGACAAUCUGUUUCAAAAUAUGUUCGUGCUGGUUUAACAGAACCUCAAAUUCGUUCAUCGCUCGCAAUUGAUCAUCCAACCAUACCAGUGUCAUCAAGCAAGUUAACAUCAUUAGUUCAAACCGAACGUCGAAAGGAUCGUCCUGAAAUCUUCUCAGUAUACGAUUUUCGUAAGUGGUGUAAUGACCAUCUAGAUGGUACUGUGCCAUAUUCGACGUUUGUACCAUUCUAUUUUAUUAAUGACGUGGACGACUUAUUUGUUUUAUUUACCACGAAACAUUUAAUUCAACAAAUUCAAUCCACUCCACUAUUGCAAAUUGAUGCUACGUACAAGAUAACGUGGAACGAGUUACCACUUCUGGUAUUUGGUGCAUCUGAUGGUAACAGACAUUUUCAUCCGUUCGGUGUUGCGCUGGUCUCCGAUGAUGAAAGUUCAUCGUGUUAUGAACAUUUGUUUCAAUCACUUCAACAAUUAAGUAUUCAAGAACUUCAAAAACCAUACUCACCUGGAUUUAUAAUGGCUGAUGGAGUAUUAGGAAUUACUUCGGCUCAACAAAAAAUAUUUCCACAAGCGAAGCGGCUUAUGUGUUGGUUUCACAUGAUAAAAAAAUGUCGUAUGCAUCGAAAUCUGGUUACUAAACAACAGUGGGAUGUUAUUGAUAAAGAACUUCAUGCUGUACAAUUAAGUUUUAACGACGAAAUAUUUAAUCAAGGAAUAAAUCUUCUAAUGACUGAAUGGCGUUCUGAUCCAUCGUUGAACAAAUUUUGUGAUUAUUUUUAUGAACAAUGGAUUGAAAAAUUAUCGAAUUGGUAA